ACGAUCAUCUUCUACCUCACUGACUUCAACACUGCUCUUCAAAAUGGAACAAAACGUUCCCUGUGACGAGAAUGUAAAACAUCUCUGAUGGUGUGUGAAAGGGAGACGGUUCUAGCUGUAAACACACUGCUGCUUGAAUUUGACAAAUGAUAUAGUGAACCAUACCUGCAGGCACCGCACCUUAGAAAUACAAAGGAAAAAUACGCCACCUGGUUGUCUCAGGUGAAACAGUCCCAAGGUGAUUGGCCGAUCAUGUUUCCCAGGUGAGACAGUCAUAAAGCUGCACUGAAUGGGAAUUCGGCUGAGCUGUCUUCUCCCAUUAAUAGCAAAUGCUUUUCUUUGGAGUCAUGACGACACGUUUAUUGUGAUCCAUUGUUUGAUUAGAGAAUAUCGCGUGUACAAUGGAAAAAUAUUGGAUGAUGCUCUAAUUCAUUUAGCCCCGCCCGCUUGGGGUUGGUCUUGAGGUAAGUCGGCUAUAAACUGCUGCUCUCACACACGCUGAAGGUGAGAUGGGCUGCAGUCCACAUGUAGGUAUGACAGCAGCAGCGCAAAUCUUUGGAUCUCAUUCAAAACAGUCUCCAUCCUGACACAGCCAGGUCACGUGGAGAGCAGCGGGCAGAGCAACAUCACAGAGGAUCAACACAGAGAACGGGAUGAAGCUGGAAGUGAUGUGCGGGAGCCACUAUGAUAUCAAAUAUUUGGAGAUGUCGAGUGAUGCAGAUGGGGGGAGUGUGCGCUCCUCUCUCUCUGCUGAGGAGGAGCUGGGCUCGGAUGGAGACUGCGUGGCUCACAGCCCGUCACCUGUCACUGCGUGCGUCGGCAACAUCAAGUCCAAGCCCUACACACGGAGACCCAAACCCCCGUUUUCCUACAUCGCUCUUAUCGCCAUGGCCAUCCGGGACUCUCCCUGUGGUCGCUUGACUUUGGCUGAAAUAAACGAAUACCUGAUGAAAAAGUUUCCCUUCUUCAGAGGCAGCUACACUGGUUGGAGGAACUCCGUGCGGCACAACCUGUCUCUGAACGACUGCUUUCUCAAAGUGCUGCGGGACCCCUCCAGGCCGUGGGGCAAAGACAAUUACUGGAUGCUGAAUCCCCACAGCGAAUACACGUUUGCUGAUGGCGUGUUUCGGCGCAGGAGGAAGCGUAUUAACAAAAAGCACAGCGCCGAGCAGGAGGUGUCCGAGCGCGCAGAGGAGCCGCGGAGCAGCGCGCAGCCCGCGGCCGUGACCACGACUGACUCAUGUCCUAAAUUCACGAGUUCGUUUGCAAUAGACAGCAUUCUGAGCAAGCCCUUCAAGAGAGACUUGAACAAGGAGGUUUUCCCUGUCCUCCCUGCGUUCACCUGGCCGCACUACACUGACCUGAUGACGCCUCAUUCGAACACACUCGCCUCAUUCCCGUGCGUAAAGACGCCGUGCCAUGUAAACCCCUGCGCCGCUCCGCAAGUGGCAAACGACUAUGGCUAUGGGCUGGUCUCACAGACAGUUUUCCAGUACCAGAGAUAAACUCUGUUUUUGUUAUAAUAAUAAUUAUUAUUGUUAUUGUGAACGUGCACUGAUGAUGGACACAGAGGGUGGACAUGACCAAACACCAAAGCUCCUCCGUCUGUGUUGGGAUUACAUGGCUUCGAUAUUAUUCUGGUGACAUGGUGUUACAUCUGUUUGUACCUCUGGUCAUUUACUUUUAAAGCACUAUCAGAAUUGAUAUUGAAUUUAUACACAUUUCUUUGUCGAGCUGUUACUGAAUUAAUGACAUGUUUUGAUGGUGUUUCAAUAAAUGUAUUUCGACUGUA